GAUUUAUUUUUAGAAAAAUGAGAUAAAGCAUUUAAUUACAUGAAUUAGAUUUAGUUACUUUGCUUAUCUUAGUUAUCUUGUGUUGCUUACAAAAAGUUGAAGUAACAUUAUUAUCUAUCUAUCUAUCUAUCCCAUCGUUCAAAUUUGUGAACAUAAUUCUAAAUUUCAAAAUAUACGCAAUGACAUCGAAUAACGAUAUACUUAAGGAAUGUGAUAAAGCAGUUUUAACAUCAUUCUUGGAUAUAUUAAAGAAACAUUUACCGCGUGAAAUACGUAGCUAUAAUACAAUUUAUAAUUAUUGGUAUCAUUACGAUAAAAUUAAUGAAAAUCGUGCAAACUUAAAAUCCGAUCGUUGGAAUUUUCAAUUUUAUCGUCAUCGUUAUGGUAAAAUGGAGAAUUGCACGCUUAUUAGUAUAAGCGGAUUGAAGGAUUAUGUUAUCGGAUUAUUUACUUUAGAGCCAAAUGGCGCAGAGUUAAUGGAAUGCAUUCAGGAAACGAAAUUAAUUAAUUGGCAGCAUAAAUUUUUAGAUAUAAUGUGCAAUGAACAGUAUUUAGAUUUAGUUAAGGGAAUUGUUCAAAAAAAAUGUGACGAUUGGCUUGUUCUUCCCGUGGAAAACAUUAUGUGGAUUAGCAAAGAGAAAAUUGAUAAACUUGUAUAUAAUAUCACAUUACCGAGUGGGAUUCGUAUAGCUCCACUAAAUUCGAAUAAGCAUUCAGAAAUUAUUGCUAAUCAUUGGUAUUAUAAAUCGGAAAAUACUUUUUACCUUGUAAAGGAAUCUAUAGAGUUCAAUGGUGGAUUGGGAAUCUUUUGUCAAAACUCUAAUGGACAACCCAUAUGUUGGCUGGCGACAAAUGAAUUUUUUACACCAGGUUUUCUUUAUACAAUAGAAUCGGAAAGACGUAAAGGUUUCGCGAAAUUUCUAUUAGCUGCCGAGUUGAAGCGUUUAUGUAUACAGCAUGGCUUAGAUAUGUACAGUUAUGUUUCGAAUGAGAAUGCAAACUCACUCAAGUUACACGAGCAAUUAGGCUUUGAGGCAGUGAAUCGUUUAACAUGGCUUGAAAAAACAAUAACUUAA